UCUUUCAGCCGGUGGCGGUUCAAAGCAAACUUGAAAAUUUUCGCGGGAGACGCUGCCAUUUUCGCCACCUACGCCAUUUUAUAUCACUGAACUCAAAUUCCCCCUUUCAGGUUCGUUCUCAUCGCCGUUUUCUCAUGGCAUUGUCUAGAAUCAUAAAACCCAAUCAAUUUCUCUUCAAAUCAACCAAACUAAUCCCACAAAGUUCUUCAUUACUUCUCCCCUGCAAAACCCUUCUUUCUCCCUCAAAUCAACGAAGACCCAUUUGCACAAAACAUCGAAACGACAGUUUUCUCUCGCCGGAUCAGAUUAGCACCUCGAAUGCCUUCGUUUCAAUCAUACUCAAACAACCCUUUUCACCAAAUAAUCCAGAGCUCAACAAUCUCGCGCCGCUACUCACCCCUAAAGUUGUCGAAGCCGUCCUAAAUAACCUCAGGGACUGGAGAUUAGCUCACCAGUUUUUCACAUGGGCCUCAAGUCAACAUGGUUAUAAGCAUAAGAUUUAUGCUUACAAUACCAUGGCUUCUAUCCUAUCACGUGCUCGAAAAAAUGCCCCACUGAAGGCUUUGGUUUUGGAUGUCGUCAAUUCCCGUUGUUAUAUGAAUCCUGGGGCAUUGGGUUUUUUAAUUAGGUGUUUGGGGAGUGCUGGGUUGGUUGUUGAAGCUAACAACUUGUUUGAUCAGGUUAAAAGAUUUGGUCUUUGCAUGCCGAGUACUUAUAGCUAUAGUUGUUUGUUGGAAGCUCUGUGCAAGUCUCGUUUGAUUGAUUUGGUUGAAGUCAGAUUGAAAGAGAUGAAGGAUUUGGGUUUGGAAUUUGAUAAGUACACCCUGACCCCAGUUUUGCAGGUUUAUUGCAUUUCCGGGCAGUUUGACAAAGCUUUGGCAGUGUUCAAUGAGAUGUUCGAAGAAGGAUGGGUGGAUGAACAUGUGCUUUCCAUCUUGGUUGUUGCAUUUAGUAAGUGGGGUGAAGUAGAUAAGGUAAUGGAACUGAUAAAUAGAAUGGAAGAGCGAGGUAUGAAUUUGAAUGAGAAGACAUUUUCUGUUUUGAUUCACGGAUUUGUUGGUGAGUCUAGAAUGGAUAAAGCUCUUCAGUUGUUCGAUAAAAUCCGAAAAUUGGGGUUUUGUCAUAGUAUUUCAUUUUUUGAUGUGAUGAUUGGAGGGCUUUGUAAGAAUAAUGAGCGAGAGAAAGCAUUGUUGUUAUACUCAGAAAUGAAAGAGUUGGGAAUUAAUCCUGAUUUUGGGAUACUGAUGAAGUUGAUAACUUCUUUUUCCGAAAAGGAAGAAGAGUUGGACCGACUGCUUCAAGAAUGCUGGGAAGAUGUUAGUUCACAACAUAAGAAUCUGCUUUACAGUUCUGUUCUCGAAGGUCUAGUUCGCAAUGGCUCAAUAGAUACGGCUUAUGAUCUUCUCCAUAUGCUAAUGGGGAAUAACAGAAACAGUGGUAGCAUCCUUGCAAAGUACUUUUUGAAUGAAAAGGAAGUAAUUACCCUUGAUAGUAAUUCAUUUACAAGUGUUAUCAAUGGCUUGCUUGAUGCUGGUAAAGUGGAUAUGGCACUAACACUCUUCAGAGAAAUGAUUCAAUUUGGUUUUAAUCCAACUUUAUUGCUUUAUAAUGGUUUGAUUGAUGCACUGUGCAAGUUAAAAAGACUGGAAGAGAGUUAUGAGCUUUUGAGACAGAUGAAGGAAAUGGGACUUGAACCAACCAACUUUACUCACAACUGCAUCUUUGGGUGUCUUUGUCAGCUAGAGGAUGUUGAAGAAGCAGUUGAUCUGGUGAAAAAGAUGCGCCUUUAUGGCCAUGAACCAUGGAUAAAGUAUUCUACCUUGCUUGUGAAGAACUUGUGUAAACAUGGGAAGGUAGAGGAAUCUUGCAAAUUUAUCACUGAUAUGUCACAAGAGGGUUUCCCCCCUGAUAUAAUUACCUAUUCUGCUGUAAUAAAUGGUUUGAUCCAAAUUAAAUCAGUGGAUACAGGUUUGGAACUAUUCCGAGAUAUCUGUGCUCGAGGAUAUUGUCCUGAUGUGAUUUCUUAUAACAUACUUAUAAAAGCGUUUUGUAAGGCCAAAAGAGUUGCAGAAGCUGAGUGUCUUGUGAAUGAUAUGAUGUUGAAGGGGCUUGUUCCCUCUGUGGUUACAUAUAAUUAUUUGAUUGAUGGAUGGUGCAAAAAUGGUGAGAUUGACCAAGCUAUUCUUCGCUUUUCCAAGAUGUUUGGGAAAGAGAGGAAAGCAAAUGUGAUUACUUAUGUAACUUUAGUUGAUGGAUUGUGCAAUUUUGGAAGAACUGAUGAUGCUCUAAAUCUAUGGGAUGAAAUGUUUAGGAAAGGAUGCAUUCCCAACAGAAUAGCUUAUCAUACUCUUAUUAAUGGACUUUGCAAGUGUGGUAGAUCCUCCGCAGCUUUAGUUCAUUUCAAUGCGAUGAAAGAGAAGGAAAUGAAACCCGACAAUUAUCUCUAUAUAGCACUAAUAAGAGCUUUCCUUUCAGACACAAACUUACCAUCUGUUCUUGACAUAUUAAAAGAGAUGGUUGAUGUAGGAAAUUUACCAGAUCCACAAGACAAGAACUUCCCUGUCAUAAAAGAUGCAAUUUGCAAAUUGUCAGAAGAUGCCAGAACAUUUUCUAGCAUAAGAGACCUAAUAGAGGAGGGGAGGAUCCCAGAUGUUAGUCCCCGUGAAGGAGCUGAAGGUAGACAUAAUCCAUCUAUUUGAUUCAGAGUCGAGUACGAUUGCGGUUAAAGUUAAAAGAGAAUUUGUUUAUUCAUGGAAGUAAUGUUAUCAGAUUCAACGUAAUGAAAUAAGGUAUUUGAGGCCUUAUAAUAAUGACAAUAGUAUGUGCCCUCGUUUAACAUGCAGGAUAGGAAAGUCCGACGCUCGAACACCGAGAACUAAAAGGAAGGAAACGUAAUAAAAGACUUGGAAAUUGCUAGGCAAGUUAAGUUCAGGUUGCUGGUGCUAGCGACGGGCAUACCGCAUGCUGAUCCCAUCUUAACAUACCGCAUGCUUACCCAUCUUAACGAGUUUUCAGAAGGCAGAUAUAGAGAGAACAAUGGACGAAGUAAUAUCCAGUUUUCCAGCAAGGGAUCGAGAAAUUUUAUUCACCAAUUGACUCGAAAACUAUGCUGUAUCCGCCUCCAACUGGCGUAAUCUUGGAUGAGUUUACGAUCGGUGGUAUCGAUGUGCUCGAAAAUCGAUUGCGUAAAUGCAAAGGACGAGGAUCCA